GGAAGUAUAUAAACACAUUUGAAGAUUUUAUGUACUUCGUAAGAUUCGUAACGUAACUGAAUCAUUCAGACUGCAUAACAGUUUAUUAACUUUUGGUAGAUACAAAAUGGUAUCAAUGAAAUUCUGAACAAACGAAGACAUGUUCUCUAAACAACCCUUGUUUAUUUUUCUACUAUUCUUACUUUCAUGCUCCUUGUCCUCAAGACCACCUAGUUUUGAUGUAGUAUUCAUAGUAGACAACAGUCAUCCAGGUUUUCUUCGACUUUCAAAACAGGUCAUUACAUCUUUGCUCGAUUACUUCAGUAUAUCUCCAUCAACAACACGUGUCUCAUUGUUCACGAUAUCAGACGAAGUGACAUUAAAGUUUCAUUUCAAAAGUUUCGUCAACAGAGAAUGUGUGGUAAAAGCUGUAAACAGGUUGAACGAAUCUAUCUUACCACCAACAUCAAAGAGCUUAGUGAAAGCGACGUUGAAAACACGGAAACUCUUUGCAACAUAUCCACGCGGUGACAGAGUAAAGCUAGCCAUACAUCUUUUGACAAAUUCUCUUCGUUACAGUCCCAAAUACGCGUACGUUUACAACGACAUUACGUCAUAUGCUGUUGUGUAUGGUCAACCUAACGAUAAAGUGGAAUAUUUGGUCACACCGCUUAAAUCAAAACAUUUAUUUUUUCUAAGAAAAAACAGUGAUGUGAAAGCAGUUGUAAAUUCAUUUAAACUUAAAAAAUCUUAUAUGGAAUGUUCCGGUACAGGUACCGUUCGAGACGAAUGCGAUAGAGUUUGUGAGUGUGUCCACGGAAGACUGACAAACUGUUAUCGCCUACGAAAAGAGUUAUCAAAGUUAUCCAACGCGGAAAGAAAACGUUUAUUCACAGCCAUCUACAAAAUGGGCAUGUCAUCAACGUACAAAACAACUCACGACAAAUUUGUGUGGGUGCAUGAGAACUACAUGUGCACAAAGAUACACAAUGAAGAUUAUUUCAACCCGUGGCAUCGAUGGUAUAUUGUGUUAUUUGAAAAUAGUUUACGAGAAAUGGAUUGUCGCAUUACUGUUCCGUUUUGGGACUGGUCAUAUUGGAUGGACAGGAAAGAUCUUUUUAAUACAAAGCAUAUUUGGCGACCAUACCCAUAUGAUCUUGGCGGCGAUGGCAAUCUGGAUAGGUCCAUGUGCAUUUCGACUGGACAAUUUCGAGAAGACAAGUGGGUCGGCUUCAAGCACGAGAAAAUAAAAAAGAUAAUAAAAAAAACAGCAGAAUCAUUCUCAAAGGCAGAGAAAAGAAAGUUCAAAUCACCAAAAUUUUUGACCAAAAAGAGAUGUUUGAGACGGAAAUUUAGUCCUGCUGGUGAUAUCAAACCGUUGUCAUCUCUGGAUAAAAUGCUUGGUGUACCAUUAAAUCAGUUUCGGGAUAUCAUGCUGUAUUUACGGUACCGAAUACACGGUUCUGUCCAUAUGGCUGUAGGUGGUACUAUGAGCUCAUCUUGGUCAGCUGAUGUUCCGGAGUUUUGGCUUCAUCACACGUUUCUUGAUAAAAUCUGGUGGUUAUGGCAAGAACGAGGCGAGGACUUUAAGAAUGUCUAUUACAGUAAAUUAAAUAAUAACAUGUUCUUGUGGCCAUACACGCAAAAACAAAUUAUUGAUACGAUGAACUUGCCGAAAUGCAUCAAAUACAAAUACGAUGGCUGGCCGCAGCAUAACAUCGUUCCAUUUUAUGGUCUGAACACCAGCUCCUUUGCCGGAAAUUACUUGGAAAAGUCUGUUUGUGAUAGGAAUGAACUUUUUGAAAAUUAUCAAGAUCACAUGUCUUCCGUGUUUCCUGAUAAAGACAUGGAUGAUGCGGACGACGAUUAUGGUGCCAAGGAUGAUGACGAUAAUAAUGAUGAAGCGAGGAAUGACGAAGACAAGUACAGAGGUAAUGCUGUACAGAAAAACAGACAAAAGCAACGAAAAUAUACUGAAAAUGAUAUGGAAGAUGACUUGGCAUUUUUGGACCACCAUAGUAAAAAACACAGAACAAUGUAAAACUUUUCCGAAAUUAAAUUUGUUUAUUUUACAUCUCUAUAUUAAUAUCGUAAUAUGUCUGUGAGAAGAAAGUCUUGCUACGGA